CUCCAAGCAAUAAAAACCAGACGUUGUUCAAGAAUAUGUCUGUCGACCUAACACCUUCUUCAUGACACUUCCACUGCGUCUAAGAAUCGGACAGCCUACCGUCCCUGCCCUUCCCAAUUCACUCACGUUCGACGGAAAGACUGCACUCGUUACCGGUGCUAAUAGUGGACUGGGUCUUGCCACAUGCCUCCGUCUCCUGCAACAUCGUCUCCCUCGGCUCAUAAUCGGUGUCAGAAGCAGAGACAAAGGCGGAGCCACUAAGGCACAGCUUCUCGCUGACCCAUUAGUUGCAGCGUUGGAACAUCGGCCAGAUAUCCUCAUCUACGAGCUGGACCUCGCGUCGCAGAAGUCUGUAGUCGAAUUCGGAGAGGCCAUUCGGAGAGAUAUACCCAAAUUGGACCUUGCCGUCCUCAACGCGGGCGUAUAUCUCUUCGAAUUGAAGUUAUCACCCGAGACGCGUCGUGAGCUGACUUUCCAAGUCAACUACGUUUCCAAUGCGCUCCUCGCAAUCGCGCUCCUCCCCCUCCUCAAAUCAUCGUCCGUCCAAUCAGAUACGCCUUCUCGUCUAUCCAUCGUCGGAUCAGAGAUGGCGACAAUCGUAAAGCCUAUGAAGAUCCCUGUCCAGUCUGCGGUAUUCGACUUCAUGGCUAGUAACGAGAAUUACGACUCCAGUAAUCGAUACGCGCAAUCCAAGCUCUUCGUGGAUAUGUUCGUUCAGCAGCUAUCCAAACGCGUGGACCAUAAGCAGGUGAUCGUUAACUGCAUGUGUCCAGGGGUAGUCAUGACGAGACUUGCGAGGGAAUCACCAUGGUACUUGAAACCUUUUAUGAGCGUAUUCUAUGUUAUGAAAGGCGGAAGGACACCAGAAGUCGGGGCCAGGCUAGUCGUCAAGGCGUUAGCAGCCAGUCCCCAGAGCCACGGAAAGUUCAUGGCGAACGAUAAAGUGACACAGUGAGUUUAGUGCACUAUUAGAGAUAAUCGAUAACCGGCUAAUAAGACGUCCAGAGUUCCUCUCAUGGAAACUGAGGAUGGCUUUCAUAUUGAAGCGAAGCUAUGGAAGGAAACCUUUGACGUUGCCGAAAAGAUUAUACCGGGAAGUACCUAUCCUUUGUCGAAAUAGAGGAUCGUAGUCGAAAUAUCAUGCAUUUCAUUUAGCUAGAAAAGCCAUAGUAGUUAUCGGCGGCGGUGAAUGUAAUUUUGGCUUCGCAUCAGCUUGAGGGUGUUGGA